CCCAGUAACAGAGAUACCCCAGAGAGAUGUCCCCGUCCUCUGUAUUCCCAGGAUUGUACAGAGGAGAAUCACAGGACCCAACAGGAGGAUCAGGUAGAACGUCUUUCUCGUAUAAAGGCAGAAGAUAUAAGGAGAGAAGAAGAGACGUAUGUGACUGAUAUAAAGGCAGAAGAUAUAGAUGGAGAAGAAGAGACGUAUGUGACUGUUAUAAAGGUAGAAGAUAUAGAGGGAGAAGAAGAGCUGUGUGUGACUGAUAUGAAGGCAGAAGAUAUAGAGGGAGAAGAAGAGACGUAUGUGACUGAUAUAAAGGCAGAAGAUAUAGAGGGAGAAGAAGAGAAGUAUGUGACUGAUAUGAAGGCAGAAGAUAUACAGAGGGAAGAAGAGAAGUAUGUGACUGAUAUAAAGGCAGAAGAUAUAGAGGAAGAAGAAGAGACGUAUGUGACUGAUAUGAAGGCAGAAGAUAUGGAGGGAGAAGAAGAGACGUAUGUGACUGAUAUAAAGGCAGAAGAUAUAGAUGGAGAAGAAGAGAUGUAUGUGAGGGGUGAUCAGCAGUGUAAGGAGGAGGAGAUCCCUACAGAUAUCAGCACAGCAGAUGGACACACAAGCAGGAAUAUCUCAGAAGGACAUCUAAUGCUAUCCCUGGAUUCUGAAAUAACAGAUAAUGACAGUAUACAGGAUUCGCCAGGAGAUAACCCCAUUACCCCAAUUAUACAUCCAGCUCUAUCAGCUGAUCCCUCUGAUCCUGGGAAAUGUUCUCCUGAUCACUCUGAUAUUGGAGCAUCUGUUACAGCUCUGAGAGUAGAUACAGUGUUUCCCUGUUCUAUAGAUGCCAUAUGUUUUACACAGAACACAAACCUUAUUACUCAUCAGCCAGCUAAGGCAGGUGAGAGGCCAUUUCCAUGUUCUGAGUGUGGGAAAUGUUUUACAUACAAAUCAGCUCUUGUUACACAUCAGAGAAGUCACACAGGUGAGAAGCCGUAUUCCUGUUCUGAGUGUGGGAAAUGUUUUGCAUGUAAAUCAGGUCUUGUUAUACAUCAGAGAAGUCACACAGGUGAGAUGCCAUUUUCCUGUUCUGAGUGUGGGAAAUGUUUUUCAUCGAAAUACCAUCUUGUUAGUCAUCAGAGUAGUCACACAGGUGAGAAGCCAUAUUCCUGUUCUGAGUGUAGGAAAUGUUUUGCACGGAAACCAGAUCUUGUUCUACAUCAGAGAAGUCACACAGGUGAGAAGCCAUAUUCCUGUUCUGAGUGUGGGAAAUGUUUUGCAUGUAAAUCAGGUCUUGUUAUACAUCAGAGAAGUCACACAGGUGAGAAGCCAUAUUCCUGUUCUGAGUGUAGGAAAUGUUUUGCACGGAAAUCACAUCUUGUUAUACAUCAGAGAAGUCACACAGGUGAGAAGCCGUAUUCCUGUUCUGAGUGUGGGAAAUGUUUUGCACACAAAUCACAUUUUGUUAUACAUCAGAGAAGUCACACAGGUGAGAAGCCGUAUUCCUGUUCUGAGUGUGGGAAAUGUUUUUCAUCUAAACCAGAUCUUAUUAGUCAUCAGAGAAGUCACACAGGUGAGAAGCCGUAUUCCUGUUCUGAGUGUGGGAAAUGUUUUGCACACAAAUCACAAUUUGUUAUUCAUCAGCAUGCUCACACAGGUGAGAUGCCAUUUUCCUGUUCUGAGUGUGGGAAAUGUUUCGCACAGAAAUCCUCUCUUGUUACACAUCAGAGAAUUCACACAGGUGAGAAGCCGUAUUCCUGUUCUGAGUGUGGGAAAUGUUUCGCACAGAAAUCAGCUCUUGUUACACAUCAGAGAAUUCACACAGGUGAGAAGCCGUAUUCCUGUUCUGAGUGUGGGAAAUGUUUUGCACAGAAAUCACAUCUUGUUACACAUCAGAGAAGUUACACAGGUGAGAAGCCAUUUCCCUGUUCUGAGUGUGGGAAAUGUUUUGCAUAUAAAUCACAUCUUGUUACACAUCAGAGGAGUCACACAGAUGAGAAGCCAUUUUCAUGCUGUGAGAGAAAUAAAUCCGCUCUUGUUGAACACAUUAGACAUUACCCAAGUACGGAACCAUUUACAUCUUCUGGAGUAUAAUUAUCACUGUCGUCCAAUGUUCCUCGGGUGAAUCCUAUCUCCUAUGCUUUAUAAAAUAUACAUGCUACCACUGGGUGAUAUAAUCAGACGUCAUGGCCUGGUCUACCACUGCUAUGCAGAUGACCUGCUUUUUGCUCCAUGUACUGAGAACCGAAUACCAAUAAAUGGUUGUCUAGCUGAGCGCCAGGGGUGGAUGAUGCCAGUUGGCUGUGACUCAGUCUUUGUGAAACAUAAUAGAAGCUCACCAACAAAGGACAAGACUACAGCUUUACCAACCAUCUGGAUUUAUGCUUUGGUGUUCAGAAUUGCAAAAUACUGAAUAUGUGCUGAAUCUUUGUGUUGUCCUGGUAUGUGGCUGACACAGACAUCAGGUAUCUGCCACAUACAAAUCCUCAUUCUUCCAUCUGUGGACCAUAGCCAGAAUCAAGCACUUGAUUCCCUCAGAAGUUCAUAGACUACUGCAAUGCCAUCUACCUGGGUCACCCAGCAAAAGAAUUACAAAGCUUGCAGCUAGUACAGAAUGCAGCAGCCAGGCUGUUACCUAACCUGCCCGUUCCUGCCUCCUAACACCCAUUCUCUACUCCCUUCACCGGCUGCCUGUAAGAUGGAAAAUCUAUUUCAUUAUUGGCUAACUGACCUUCCCAGCCCAACAUUACAUGGUCCAAGGUACUAGAAGCAGCUUCUGCCUCCUUACUGCCCUGCUUGCUGGCUUCUACAGAUGAAGGACUGUUACCAGCAGUACCAAGAAUCUCCUGUCCUUCAUUUAUGGGUUGAACGUUUAGUUUUGCAGCCCUGACCAUGGAACUCACUGCCUUGCACAGUCCAAGAGGCCUCCACUCUAGAGACCUUCACAAGCAGACUGAUGACUGUUACUCAGCUUUUCAUUAAUGUACCUCUAUUUACUUCCUAAAUAAUACAUCCCAAAUGCUUAGGUCUUUUUUCUGCUGUUUAUUUUGUAUCGUGUGCUUUGUGUAAAUGUGAAUGUCUAAUACCAGUUUGCACAAUCUGUAUUGCUGCACGACAAUAUGGCGGCCAUUGGAACGUGUUUUCACUUCUAGUUUGCCUAACUUGUUGCAGACACUCAUCUUGAUCAGGAGUGCUGAGUGUUUUCUGAUACAAGAUCCUAUCCAUAUAUACCCUGUACAUUACCAUGUGCAUUAGAGUCACCCGGGUUCCAUCUGCGGUGGUUUGUUGUAUGUUACAUCUAUAUGGUGCGGAUACUCCCCUGUAUGAUUUCAUAAUAAAAGCUUUUGUUUGCAUCUAA